AUGUAUCUAUGGGUCGCCUCUGCGCAGCAAGUCAUCACGGCCAUAGACAACGACUCGUUGCAAGCUCUUUUUGUCACAGAAAUGGACAAUACAGCAGAGGCGCGGCAAAAUAUCCUUCUGAUUCUCGGUCUUGACGCCUGGCUGAAAAGUCAGCGUACUCGUGAGAAUCGGGCCUAUGCCGAAGAGGUUCGGCAACGAAUUCAAGGGCAGUCAAAUGGAUCACUCUCCGUUCCCAAAGACCAACAUCGUGAUGUGGAGCGAAUGCUCCUAGAUCUUGAAUUGAGGUACUGCUGCCAUAUUAUUCGGGUGAACACCCAUGAGGAGCUGAGUGAAUGGAUAUACUCGAUUGCGAGUGAUGUCUCAUUCCGGCCAUACAGACUGUUGCAGUAUGAAAAUUCUGCACGACGGACAAAUACCCACACUCGAAAUGGCAUACCUAUUUUACAAGCUAUGCUGGAGGAAAUUCCACGGUGCACAUCCCAUGCAUCCCAAGCUAUUAUCGCUAAAUACCCGUCGUUUCAAGCACUUAUGAAGGGCUACGAGAGCUGCAAAACACCUGAUGAGGCUUCUUUGUUACUGUCCGACUUGAUCACGGAUGGCCGAACACAGCGUCGCAUCGGCCCACAGCUCUCCAAACGCAUCUACGUUUAUCUAUGUGCUCACGACCCCGUGAUACCCAUUGAGUAG